UUUUUGUGCGCAUCACUAAACAAAGUUUGGGUGUGUUUCGUCAGGCGUAACGUGUUUCAAUUUAUUAUUUUUAAAUAAAAUACAAUCAUAAUGACCGUGAAAUUGAUUUUAAUAAGCAUUGUAUGCUUAGUUCCAGCAGUUUUCUGUGUGAGAUGUUUCCAAUGUGCCUCAUCACAGAACAAAUUAGAGGAUACCUGUGGUGCUUAUAAGAGAUUCGACAAGGAUAGUCACAUAGCAGUUGAUUGCAACAGUGAUGAAUCUCAUAUGCCUGGCUCAUUUUGCAUGAAGCUCACUCAACAAGGACCCAAAGGAUUUAUCUGGGACGGUAGAUGGCGUCAAGUUAUCCGCCGUUGUGCGUCCGUAGCCGACACCGGUGUCACAGGUGUUUGUAACUGGGGAGUGUACGACAACGGAGUGUAUUGGGAAGAAUGUUAUUGUUCCGCUGAUGAGUGCAACAACUCCUCAUUUAUACAAUCUUCCGUAGCUUUACUCUUUAGCAGCACAAUCUUAGCACUGUAUGUGCACUUUUGGUGAUAUUACCCUUAAAUGUAACUUUAAGUGCCUUAUACUUCAAUAUUUUAACUAGAUCAUGAAAAAUACAUCAACAUAAGUUCUAUAAAGAGAUUGAAAUUUUAUGGGAGUGAUUGUUAUUGACUGCAAUUACAGCUAUUAUAUGUGAAAUAAUGUAGUUGAUAGUUGAUACAUAUACCUAUCUGUAUAUUCUUAAAGAAGAACCAUAUUGAACAGUUUUACUAUGUGGUAAAACUUAUAAUUUUGGUUGAUGGAAAUUCAACAACUUAUUUCAUCUAUUGCAUUUAGAUUAUAAAAUGAAACGGUCAGAACUUCUGUAAAUUAAAUUAACUGCUAGUUUUUACCUUUUGUACAAUUACAUGUACUAAUAUGUACUUAACUAUACUGCCAAUUUUACAUCAUGUUUUUUAUAUCUUGCCUUUGCCUCCCACAAAGAAAAACAACAAAGAAUUGUGAAAAGUGGACAAUACAGAACACACACUACUAUGCAGAUUAGUAAUGAAUUGACCGUUUUUAGAAAUAUAGAAUUUAUAAAUACAUUUUUAAAACUACGUAUAAUACUAAGAAACUGUCCUUGGCACACGUAGUUAUUUUAGUAGGUACAAUGCACGAUAGCACUAAUUCUGUUUCCCUCCAUGAAGUAGAUAUGAUUUGACUGGAGAAGCAAUUUUUGAUAGCAAUUUUCUCGCUACUUAAAUAAAAUUAUCGCUUUACAAAUAAUUGUAAAGUACCUAUUUGUUUUUAAACAAGUUUAUUAGAGCGUCAACGCGAUUUCGCCAGAUAACACCAGUAGUAUUGUUAUGUAUGUUAAUUUUUAGUAAAACAACAAAAUAUACUUGUUAUGUUUGUUAGGACACCACUUACUGACUACAUACUAAUUUGUAUGAAAAGACUUCGUUAUAUUUAAGUAGAUAUGAAUCUCAAAGAAUAUCAUGUAAAUAUGUGUACUGAAUCCGUCCGUUUGUUUUCUACAAUUAGGUACAUUUUAUAAUAAACGUUUAUUACAUUUAUGAAUACCAAA